AUGAGUGACUUAAAUGCUUUUUGUUCAAAACUUAUUAAUAGAUUCCCAGGUACUUCCGUUAUAGUUGCAGAUAGAGAUGGUUUUGUUUUAGCCAAAGCAAUCGACACAAAUACUAUGGAAGAAAAAGCAAUUGAAAAUUCACUUUUAUCAACUUUCUCAUUGGCAACCGAUCAAGCAAGCAAAUUAAGAGCAGGUAAAAAUAAGAGUAUUGUUAGUUAUUUCGAUGAUAAAGUAGUAUUCCAUCUCAAUGUUAAUAAUGUAAUCGUUUCGAUUUUGGGUGACUCUGACUUGAAUGUCGGUGUUUUAUUGGGUGCACAAGAUGAGAUCGUACGUUCUUUGACUGCUCUAUCAAAUUCAAUUCAAGAUGUCCACGAUAUCUAA